AGAAGAGGGAAGCGGUAACAACCAAGUCUGCAUCGAAUGCCUGUCUCUAACAAUUGCCAAUGAAUUAUCUUCGAAUUCCUAUGUCUGCCAGUUGACAUAGCCUAACCUAUCACACGCACUGCACACCAGUUCUGCAAAGAAACAGGAUAUUCGCAGGCUGUGCGUUUUUUCAGCACCUGAGCAUUACUGAGGCUGUUCACCCUACUGGAUCAUGGCACAGACCAACAGUGUGGGGAGCAAUGGAGUAGCCGAUGAAUCACCCAACAUGAUUGUAUACAGAAAGAUGGAGGACGUAAUAGCCCGCAUGCAGGAUGAGAAGAAUGGAAUUCCUAUCCGCACUGUGAAAAGUUUUUUAUCCAAGAUUCCAAGUGUUUUUUCAGGUUCUGACAUUGUACAGUGGAUGAUCAAAAACCUGAAUAUUGAAGAUCAAGUGGAGGCCCUUCACCUGGGGACCCUGAUGGCUGCCCACGGCUACUUCUUCCCCAUAUCAGACCAUGUACUCACACUGAAAGACGAUGGCACUUUCUACAGGUUUCAGACCCCCUACUUCUGGCCGUCAAACUGCUGGGAACCAGAGAAUACAGACUAUGCCGUUUACCUCUGCAAAAGAACAAUGCAAAACAAAGCUCGUCUGGAGCUGGCAGACUACGAGGCGGAGAGCUUAGCGAGGCUACAGAGAGCAUUUGCCAGAAAAUGGGAGUUCAUAUUUAUGCAAGCAGAAGCACAAGCAAAAGUUGAUAAGAAAAGAGAUAAGAUUGAGAGGAAAAUCCUCGAUAGUCAAGAAAGAGCGUUUUGGGAUGUGCACAGACCAGUGCCCGGAUGUGUAAACACAACAGAAGUCGACAUAAAGAAGUCCUCCAGAAUGAAAAAUCCCCAAAAGACAAGAAAGUCAGUAUAUGGGCCUCAGAAUGAUGUGCGAACCCACAGCCCCACCCACACCCCUGCCCCAGAGGCCAAGCCAGCGACAGAGGAGCAGCUACAGGACCAGAUCAAUUAUUGGGGAGGGCAAUUAGACAGACAUCGACUGAAAAUGUCCAAAGUGGCUGAGAGUUUGUUGGCCUAUACAGAGCAGUAUGUGGAAUAUGACCCCUUCAUCACGUCGACCGACCCCUCCAACCCCUGGAUCUCAGAUGACACCACAGUAUGGGAGUUGGAGGCUAGUAAGGAGCCAGGUCAGCAGAGGGUGAAGAGGUGGGCGUUCGGCAUCAACGAGGUUCUCAAGGAUCAGGUGGGGAGGGAGCAGUUCCUCAAGUUCCUGGAGUCUGAGUUCAGCUCAGAGAACCUGAGGUUCUGGUUAGCGGUCCAGGAGGUAAAGAAGAGGCCCAUCCGGGAGGUCCCGACCCGGGUUCAGGAGAUCUGGCAGGAGUUCCUGGCCUCUGGAGCUCCCAGUGCCAUCAAUGUUGACUCAAAGAGCUAUGACAAGACCACCCAGAACGUCAAGGACCCUGGACGCUAUGCCUUUGAGGACGCACAGGAUCACAUCUUCAAGCUGAUGAAGAGUGACUCCUACAGCCGCUUCAUCCGUUCCAGUGCCUAUCAGGAGCUGCUACAGGCCAAGAAAAAGUAUGGAGGCAUUCAGGACCGCAGAACUUCAUUUGAGAAAUUCACUCGAAAUGUGAAAAGUAAGAACUUGUUUUGAAGGAUUUUACAUCCAGGGGAAAUCCCUUACAUCAAAGAGGCUGACCAACCUUGUGCCAUCAUGCUAAUAUACAGCCACUCUGCAAUAUAGAGGACCAUUUCUACGUCAUUUCUACGUCAUUUCUACAUCAUCGCCGUCUGCUUUCCACUCAGACGAUGAGCAGGGCAGUACAUCAGAUGUUGCAUGUCCAAGGAGAAGGCUUGUUAUUUCUUUUACUUGAUCUAUAUCUACUAUUGGCGAGGACAUUCAUUUUGGGGCAGGUAGGCAUUUUAGGACAGACAUUGAGACCGGAUAAUGCCUUUACAGAAAGUCAGUGUCCAGUUACUUCCACCAUAUCUGAUGGACACGCCUGUUCCUCUCCAGCUGAGCUAAUGAUGUCAGAAAUUAAAAAAUUAAGAAACGACAGCUUAACAGUAAAAUCUAAUAAAAAAUAUUAUUACUAUACAGUUCACGAUCUGUAAUCACACCUACUUUUGUCACACUAAGGGAAGUGUUGUGCAGUAUGCAUAUAUAUAUAUGAUUAUGUUUAUUUUGCAUUGCUUUUAUUGCACUACAGUAAUUGGCACAGUUUUCAUUACAUGUGUAAAGUCUCA